AUGGAGCCGUCUAUUCCCGUCACGGAACAAAACCUGACAAACCGAGUUCGGUACAUCAUGCGCUCGAAAAUAUUUGAUGAUGCCGAACUCGAACGACUACGACGUGAGGCUAUUCCCUCAUCGAAUGAAUCGGCUAUGGCUGGGGAUGUAGCUCCACAGGCGACAGACCAGUAUCCACACGUAGAAGCCGCCAUGGAUCUCCCGGUUGUGGUUGAUUCGGACGAUGAUGAAAUAGUCUCCCACGAACUAAAGCAAAUGAGGAGCAUAUUAGAAGAGGCUAUUUUGGAAACACGCAGCAUGCCUCUCGAAAAUCGCCAGGAUUUCCCCGCAUACCCCUAA